AUGUCUGUCAGGACCAUGCCCAAAAUUUUCAGUGUUGCUGUAAGUUUCCCUUUUUUGGUUGAGUAGAGUAAUUUUUCAGAUCAUCUCAAACUUUAUUUUUAGGGAAUCGCUUAGCUUCUCUAUUUUCCUUACGGUAAUGGUUGAACUUGAUAGUUCGAAAACAUCGAAAAAAUUAGGAAGUUUAGUUUCAGUUUUUCAGUUUUACGCUACGUUUUCUCAAGAAAGGUUCCAGGCUUCGUUUAUCUUUUAGCUUAAUAGGUUCAUCUUUCCAGUAUAUCGACGUCAUCGUGGGCAAAAACUUCGCCGGGUUGGAUCACUGCAGCCGUACAGCCUUUCUCCGGUUUCUGGACGAGGCACAAGUUUGUUCUGAAACUAUUGAACCCAAGUUCUUUUUCAGGAUUAUUGUUUAAUACGUUUUAUGCUAUAUAAUCAAAGCUAUCAUAGAUGUUAUCAGAGCUCGUUUCUAAUUUCUCAUGGGUUGAAAAUUAUUUUGCUUUCCGGAUAAGUUUUCGUAGUUUGACUGCUGCUGUUUUUCUCUUUUGCACAUUGGCUCAUGCUCCGAGAAAAAAUAAAACUGUUUUGAAAGCUCGUUUUUCCGCUUUUCUAAGCUUCAACAAUUUUUCAUAAGUUUUUAUUUUCCAGAAAGAAUCUCGAAUACCUUAUUUGGAUAGAAAAACGAUCGACUUCAAGUCCCAUACACUGAUCAUUGACCAGCGUAAAGUCGAGAUCUACACUACGCGGACGGUUUCUUUUUUUCUCAAGUUUCCCAAGUUUCAAGAGACCAGCUCUAGAUUCUUUUUUUAAUGAUUUCGGUUUUUUUGAGCUUUUUCAAUUUAACUCAAUAAUUCGAAAAGUUUAUUUUUAAUUUGAAAAAUGCGAAUAAGAAGGGACAAAAGAUAAAAGUAGGAUGUGCAGGGCGAAAUGGUUUUCGCUGUGGGAAUACCGUUGAUCGUUUCGACCGGGGCCCUGGAAGAGAAUGGCUUGUGGCUUUUCACAUUCAACAUUUCUCCAUACGUUGAGAAGCCGCAACUCAGGGAUUUCCUCGUCCUUUCUCUCCCUUCACAGGUCAUUUCUUCGAUUGAUGAAAGAUGAAAGUAUCCAUUUUUAAAUUGAUUUUUUAAAAGAAAGUCAUCAAGAUCACAAAAAAUUGACUUAUUGGCUUAUUUCAAAUAGGUUUUUUUUUGCUACAAUUAUUACAUUCAUAUAUAUUUUAUUGGUUCCCUUUUUGAAUUGAAAUUGAUUCAUCUCGCGAGAUGGUAAACAGUUCUUUGAAGAAUAUUUAUUGUCAGAUUCUGGCAUGUUUCCAGUUGUUGAUUCGUCAUGAGGAGUCGAUGAUCACAGUCAAAAUUGCCAGACAAACGGCUCAUGAGCAGCAACAAGUGUCUUUUUGAGCCCGAGCGAGGUAGACGGGAAAAUAGAACGGGAAACUGAGAGACACACGAAUUACAAUCGGCUCCUUUCAAAACAAAGUUUCGUCUUGAUUUCGUAGGCCGCCCUUGAAGGAUUGAGCUGCGUUCCGAUGUUUUGUUUUCCUCCCGUUGAAUUUUCCUUCCUUGACGUGUAUUACACUUUUGUCCACUUUCUGAUUGCAGAAAGAUGCGCAGAACCUGUCGGAUGCACUCACGGAGACAUUCACGCGGUACGCCGAGAUCGACAGACUCGCAUACCGACGAGUCGGUUCGUUUUCCUUUCCAAACUGUUCUUCUGCUUCCUUUUUUACCUCUUCAGACUCCCAAAUUUUUUUUGCUGUUUUUUCACCGAUCCUUCACUCAGUUUUUAUUGAUUAAAAAAAUCGUUCCACCUGCGUGAAGACUUUUAGAGUACUUAUUGAUACUUUCACUUCUUAUCCUAGUCAAGUUACUACAGAAAAUAAGCGUGCAUUUGAGAAAUUAACUUUUUCGUACUCGCUUGAAUCUGCAGAAGAAAAUGUAUUUUUUUGCCAUUUGUGACGAGUUUUAUGACUUUUUUUUUGGGUUUGUGUGGAAAUUUAAUCUGAGCAUGGCACGCAGAGGCGCAGAGAACGUUGAAAACCACAAAAAUAACUUGCGAAUAACUUUUUUGUCGCAAAAAGGCGUCCUAAGUCGAUUUGUGCUUUAUUAUUUGUCAGAAUCGUUUCACGCAACCCAAUCAUUUGUUUAAUCUUUAUUUUACGACUAGGGACUCUGGAAAAACAAAAGUCCGCGAGUUUUGAAUUUUGUUGACGAUUUGAGACUUUUACGCGUUUGAUCGCGGUCUUUGGGCGCGUUGCAGAGGUGUUUUUUCACUGCGGCCUCUGGCUAUUUUUGCAGCAAAUGGUCUUGUUUUGUACACUUUUUGCCUUCUGGCGUCAGAUCUGUUCCCCGGCGCGUCAAGACACUUUUUAUGAAUUUUUUAUUGCUUUCUUUAUUGCGAAAACUAUUUGGACGCGUGUGAAUAGUUUCCCCCUGUUUGAGAGAGACUGAUAGCUCUUUGAGGUUGUAAAUUCUUUCGUUAUUUCAAAUUUCAUUGCUUUUUUUAUUAAAUAUUUUCGGUCGUCAUCUAAUUAACGAAAAUUGAAAGUUAAUCAUCAUAUAAGAUUUCCUUCUUUCAGACGUUAGGAGAAAGUUCGGGCUUCUCUAAAUUACGAAAAUAAUUGUUUUAAACUUUCUCAAAAAUGAACAUUUUCUUUCUCAAGCAUUUCUCAGUUAAUAUGCCUGAAAAAAAACUAGCUAUGGCGCGCUCAAAAAACAGAUCCGACGCAUGUGCAAAACAUGACUGUCACCAAAAUAACAGAGUAAAGUACCCUUGUCAAUUUCAAUCACCUUCAAAGACUGGUUUCUCAAUUUCCAUUUGGUAUUUUCCCACAUUUUGCUUAUUUAAAAAAAUUUUUGCGAUCUAUGUAGUCUAAUUGUAAGCAAUUUUUCAAAGCUUGUAUUUUAGAUAAUUUAUAAAAACGGUUAAAGUUCACCUAGCCAGCAAUAAUGGGAAGUUUUCGACAUCUAUGAAAACCUCACGAAGGUUUUCAGACGCUUUUUAUUCGCCAAAAUUCUGAAAUAAUAGGGGAUUACUGUUAGCAAUAAAAAAAAACAGUUGAUCAAUUUUAAAAAUCAUUUUGAUUCUUUGAAAAUAGUUCAGAUGUGGUAGUGAAAAAAAAACAUUGCGCAACAUUUUUUUUUCUGAUGUUUUUCAUAUUUUCAAAGAAAAAAAUAAAAUGAAAACUUCUAUCGUUGUUGUUUGUUCUUUUUCAUUUGGGGACCCAUCAUGUACCCUCAAACUUUUUAAGAGUUUCAAAAAUGAUUCUGAAUCAAAGGCAAGAUAAGAGCCGAUGGAAGUUUUGAGAAAAAGACCUUGGCAUGACGGAUCGCGAAGGAAUGAUAUUGACAGUAGUGAUUUGGAUGCGUCGAUGAGUCGCCGUCAGACUAUCUUCCGCUCAAUUUUUUUCUCUUGGUUUAAUUCAGAUCAUUCGACGUAAUAAAUGAAAGAUUAUUGAGAAAAAAAUUUUUAUUUGAAAAAAAGUGGAAGAGGUUUUUUGAAUGUUUCCAAAAUUGGCACUCUGCAAGUUUUUAAAGCACACUUUUUCUGCGCCAUUAAGGGUUAGGUUUGUGAAAAUUUUCUGAGAAGCUUCGAUCUUCAUUAUUAACAAUUAUAAUCAAUUUUUGGCUGAACCAAAGCUUUUUCAAUGACUAUUUUUCCAUUUUGGAAAAUACAGUUUCUCAAAAAAAGGUUAUUUUUUUCAGCAGGAUACUCGGCGCAAGGAUCGCCUUCGAUGGAAAAGUAGGCGGAUUGUGAGGAAAAAAAAGAAAAAAAAAAGAAGUCGUUUUAGUUCAUCUGCAGUUCAAAGAAUCGGAACGCAGUCUUCGCUGUCACACACGACUCUCGUCUUUCCUUCUGAGGUUUCUAGUUUAAAAAUACUCUUUCAAUUGAUUAGUUUAAAGGAAAAUUAUUAGUUUUCGGUAGUCCUUCAAUUUUCCUGGUACCCAACCGCUUCAAUCAACGUUUUUCUCAGUCUGUGUGUCCUCCAGGGACUUUUUGUAUCGUUUAUCCGUCGCACGGCAUUCUUGAAAGCCAAGAUUAUCCGCAAACUUGACACGUGCCAGAAGUAGGGCAGAAAAAGCGGCGAUUUUUCGGCAUAGACGUGUUUUUCGACUCAGCAGCGCGUUGAAUCCAUUCAUUCCAAAUAUAUCCACCCGUAAACAUACUGGCCUUUUUGCCAAUACUUUUGGUGACAACUUCAGAAUACUUUGCUUUUUCCAAGAGAAGGUUCUGAAGGAGAUUCCGAGAACAGAAGUGUCUGAGAAUGAAUAUUUUAAAAUGGAUUUUUUUUGAGCUGAAAAAUUUGUAUUCUUCAUUAGAAAAAUUUCUUUCUCUUUUGUAGUUAAUUGGUUAUCUAGAAACAAGGAGCUGAAAAACGAGUCAUUUCCAUAUAAGAAAACAACGAUCUAGCGAAUACCGCACAUUUUUUUGAGUUUUUCUGAAAAGCUCCCUAUCUGGCAUCUUAUUUUCAGCAUAAUUUUUACAGUUCAUGUUCAAAUGCGAAAUUUCCAAAAAAUGAUAAUAAUUCUUUUUUUUUCAACAUUUCUUUCAUGGAUUUUUCAAAUUUUUUCAAAUUGAUUUAGAUUUUUUUUUUUCCGUUAUAUCUAUAGGAGCCUUCCCUUUGUUCUUUUGUCGACUAAAAAAGUUUUGCAUAUGGUCGAAAACAAGCCGAGUUUUUGUCCCACCCGAAAAAAAGCCGCCCACAGAAAAAUAAAGUUUUGUUGGUUGGUGCUGAUGGUACUGGCACGGAUUUUCACGCAUUUUCUGCGUCGUUGAAACUUAUCGGGCCAACAUUUUCGCCGCUGGCCGCCAUGUGCAAUUUGCUUUGGCCAUCGCUCUCGCCGGCGCUCCGAUCGCCACGUUAAUCCGCUCGUUUCCACAUUUUUCCUUCUAUCGGUGCUGUCCGGCCACGCAAACUCCCUAUUCGAACUUGCAUUUUGGGGUUUCUUUGAUGUAGAGACCUUUUUUGUCUCCCAGAGAGGUUGUCUCUUUCUGCUGCCAUGGUGUUCUUAAGGCAUCGGUUUUUUGACUCUCUUUUUAAUUUCUUGAAAUCAAGUCGUAUCUAGGGGUGUCAGUCUACUUUGUGUUUUGAGGAUUUUUUUUAGAAAUAAGCUGAAAUUUUUUCUCGUUCACCAGCCUGCAAAACUUAUCAGUUUAAGAGCAUUUAAAGUGGAAGGGGUUGGGCCGGUUAACUUGGAUCUGUGGGAGCUUUGGACUUUUUCCAGGUCAAAACUUUCACGGCUUCCACUCAGAGAACGUUUUGGUAGAAAAAAAAGUUUCUCAAAGCUUGGAGUUUCCCAUUCUCAUCUAUUAAGCCGAAAAAAGGUAUGUAAAAGCUCAAAAAAUUUCUGAAAACCUGAUAGUGCGAAAAUAUCCGGUUUGAGAUUUCGAUGAAGCUUUGCUGAGGUGUUAUCGAGAACGCUCUGAUCACAGCCAAUGGGAAUAUUUCUUGGCUAUUGUCUUGCAACUGAGUUAUUUCCUGCUUUCGACAUGGAUUCUGUUUAGCAAAGCAUCUAGAUGUUUUUUAUAUUUAUCAUUUACUUGCGCAUCUUUUCUAAUGCAAUAUCAAAGCCUAAUUUCUGUCGUAUCGAUGAAAUUUUAAGAUUGGUCAGUUUGAAAGUUUCUGCAAGCAUGGUUGCUUUUUCGAGAUCGACAUCUUGAGGAAAGAUGAGUUUCCAGUGGCCAAUCUCAUCGGCUCGUUUCUUCUCGGAACUCCAUUAAUUGCCCAAAAAACUUCUCUUCUCCGCUUUCCUUGCUUUUUGACACGCUUCCCUUAUUAGCGCAUCAUGGUUUUAAUGAACCAGAAAGACGUCUGAAUAAGCGAAAAGGAAAAUUUACAUGCUCUUCAGCUUUUUUUCCCUUCGAAGUGCAGAAAAAGGGAAAGUCUGGCUUUGCGACCUUUUAGAGAAGAUUUGAUUUUGGAACUUAGCAGCUGUCUUCUCAAAUCUUGCUCCUGCAACGUUUUCCGCUCACAGUUCCUCUUUGAAUUUACUUGAAUAGAGAAAACAUUCUGGAUUCUGGUCUGAAGCGAAGGUUGUUCACACCAAUCAUUCGGAAUGGGAACCCAUCAGCUUUUAUGUAACUGUUAUUUGUUUCUUGGUAAUUUUUUGAAUGGACAUCGUUCGCGUGCUUUCUUGCUAUUCGAACAAUUUCCCGCGAAACGUUGCUCUAAUUUUUUCUGAUUGCUGUUAUUGACUCGCGUAUUUGCCUAAGCUCCGAAUAUUACUUUAUUCUGUUAUAUGCGAUUUCCCGCAGGUGUGAAUUACGAGUUUUCUCAUAUUUUUCGAGGGCUUCGAAUGGAAAAAGCACAGAAAGAAAAUACGCUCACUCAAUCAGCGUCAGGCCUUUUAAUGACCUUGAGGGUGUUCCGGGGGUGCAUCCAUCAACCGUCGAGACUCCAUUCUUUAUUCUUUCCGACCGAGCCUCCAAACCUUCUUUUUCUUUGGAUAUUCUUCGCAGAGGUUGUGAUCUCUAUAUGUCCCAUCAGUCGUCGGGUUCUCUUGAUUGUUGUGGCUGAGCGACGUAUCCGUCGGCGGGCAGAUUGAUGCUAACAGGCGGAAUUGCGUCGUCUAUUCUUUCCUUGUCUUCUGAAAUUCUACAUCAGCCACAACCUUUUGACUGAAUUUCAGCUUCAUUUUCAAUUUUCUUCCCGUCUGUUGUUGGAAUAUUUCCUUUUCUUCUUUUUUGUAUGACAGAAAAUCUAAAGCAAGGCGGAAAAAAAAUCUGAAACAAAACGUCAAGAGAAAAUUAGUCAAAAAUGUUUAAGCUAGUUUCUGAUGCCACCAACAAUUGGCGAAAGUUUUAGAAUGAGUUGAAGUUUGACACGAGUUUUCGAAUACUCCAGUGGGAACUCGGAGAAUAGACUACACACCUGCAAAGAAAGAAAACCAACUUUGUUUCUUUUCUCUGCCAUUUCCUUGUGCGACUCGGCCAAGAACUCAUCGGCACUCCCUCUUUUCCUCGUUUCUUCACGCAACUUCUCAACUUCAACCCAACUCUUUUCUUCUCUUUUCUUUCCAGCUUCACUCCUCAUUUUCGCAAUUUAAAUCAAAUCAAGCCAACCACUUCAAUUUACUUUCUAAAGUUCUAGAAUAUUUUUUUAAAAAAAUGGAAAAAAAGCCAAGUUUUGAGUUUUUUUCUCGAUUUUUUCAGCAGCUGGUUUUUGAAUCUUUUUUUUUGUCUUUUCUGCUAUUCUCCUUCUUUAUUUAGAGCUAAUAUUUCAUAAGUUCAGUGAAAGGAAAGUUAUCGAGAUGUUAUCAUUUCGAAAAAGUCAAACCUUAUGAUUUUGAAUACUUUUCGAACACACUUGGGUACUUUAAAAUGGUUGUUUGAUCUGUGUGCUGAUUUGUGUGGGUGAAUGAUAAGACGGAAAAGCUGGCGACGCCUGGAUAUACCUGCGGCGACGUUGAAAUGGAGAACGACGCGCCUUCCGCGACACAAUCGAUCGUUCGCGUCUUCGCAUAUACAUAUACACAUAUAUAUUGCUUGUGUCUCGUUACUCGUGUCCCCUACGACCUCUUCCCAAGAUGCGCAUGCACUCUCAAGAAGUGUCUUUCCUAAUUUCUUUCAUUAUUUCGGCCGACAUCCUCUCAAAAACUGAAAGCUCUGCUCCAACUCACUAUUAAAAACAAACGAGUAUGGCACUUUAUCAAGCCAUUAGUAAUCGAAGAAAAUUAUACGUUUUUCAAAAGAUGCGAAUACAGGAAAAAGAAAUAUUUAAAGGUCAUGUUGGCGUUAGUCCGGGAGGAACGCGUUUUUGGAAUGAUUUUUUCCUCAUUUUUUCAAAUUAAGCUUUAAAAAAUGUUUCUGUGAUAUAAUGGAUAUUUUUUCUUUAACUCAUUUUUUCACCUGUGUAUUAGCUUCGAAAUAAUUAGUUUUUUUUUAAAUUCAGUUUACUGAGCUUUUGAAUAUAGUUGAAGAUUUAUGAUGAAAACUCGUUUAUGUGAAACUCAUGAAGGUUAACUUUCAAAAACAUCUUUUCCUUUUUUUUUUGAACUUCCCAGUAGACGUUGAAUAGAUAAGAUAUGACGCAUCAAGGAACGAUGAAUUUCGCAGUUUUCCCUUUCUAAUUUUUUGCUUUGUUUCACUGUCUUUCAUGCAAAAGCCAACGUUUUCUCACUGGUUUCUGCUUAUUCGAGUUUUUGCUCGCUUGGAGAAAACUAAAUUUUCGACGUAUGUGGCCAAAAAAUAAAACGAAGAUGCAAAUUAAGCGUUUGGCUUUUUUCUGUUUCUCUCGAGGGCUACCCUGAAGCUUCGGACCCGUUCUUCUCAGUGGCGAAAACGCUGCCGCAACUUCUAAUUACGGGCAUUUUGCCGUUCCUCGUCGCUUUUCUCGCCUCUCGUGCCUCUGGAGAUUUUUUGUUUACUUUUUCCUUUGCCAGUAAGUAGGUUUUCGGAUUUUCCGCCUUUUGUUUGAACAAAAGCUCUAGAAACGUUCUUAUCUUAAAAUAUUGGAACUUUUCAAACGUCUCGAUUUUUUUCUCCAAAACUUCUAAUGAAACAUAAUUUUUAAGGGAGAGCUCUUAUUUUGGUGAAAAAAAAACAUAAAUUUUCGCCGACCUACUGAGAUUUUCAUUAAAGAAUUCUCAUGUGGAGGCCAAGUCGAGAAAAACAAAAUUUUUCAAUUUUAAUUGAGCCCCAUCCAUUUGCGGAGCCUUCUCUCAAGCGUUCGGCAGUAUUAGUUAGUUUUAACAACUUAUUUUCAAAUUCUUCUCUUGCAUACCAAAUUUAUGAAAAAGUGGGCUUUCAUUAUAUGGAUGCGAACCUUCUUUCCGUAAUAUCAUCCUCUUUUUUUUUUGCUUUUCUUGUCGAGAAAAAAAAAAGAAUUUUUUCCCGAAAAAAGUUUCGCGUGCUUACAAGCCUCGCGGGACCCGCAAUCAAAUUGCAAACUCUAUUCCUCUCCAUUUUUAUUCUCUUUGUUGUUUUGCUCUGGUGCAUUCAACGCUUUUUAAUGAAUCAGUUCAUUCAAAUAGAAUUCACAACCUUAAGUAUUGAGGCUCUUAUCAAACUUUGGCAUUUAACAUUAUCAUUCUCAUAUCCGUAUAGAAAGGAUGUUUUGAAUCAUUGUACGCAUCUUCUUCUGCUAUCCUUGAAGUUCCUGUCGUAUUUUUUUAUUUUCAAGAUAGUCGCAAAGGCGUGAAGAAAACGCGAGAUAAAAUCUUGCAAACAACCUUUCUUGCACUACUGAAGUUUUAGUUUUCUGAAAACACGCUAAAAGAAUCAGCAAAUAUUUUUUUAUACUAUUUUUCAAACUUUUUUUGUAUAAAUAUGUCUGAAAUUUUGAAAAAAAAAGAUCCUUUAUAUAUUUUCAUAUAUUGAUUUUUAUUUUUUUCGAAUUUUUUUGGUUACUUACCUGAUACGGUAUGAUUUUAACCAUCUGAUUCCUUCGUAAAGUAUUAUUUCAACUUGUUUGACUAGAAUUAUCGAAAUUUUUGAUAAGAAUCAGGAAGUUAUUAAUAAUUUCUGCGUCUCAAACACCGCCUUAAGAGAAGGAAUGUUAGAAUUUUAACCUGAGGGUUUCAGAUAACAUCCUGUCUGGACCAGUCGGAGAAUUGGCAGCUCCGAGUUCUGGUCGGCGGUCUCGCCCAGGGCGACGUCCGUCUCAACGUCUUCACUCAGAAGGUCGUCGAGCUCCUCGGCCCCGCGAGGCUUUCCCUUCUUUCCAGUGAGUCGUCCUCUACUAAUUCUUCCUUCUAGAGUUACUCUGUCUGUGAGGAAACUUCGAAAAACUCGAGUACCCGAACAGAAUUGAUAGAGAUGAGCACCAAACUUUUUCUGGUGCAGAAGUUUUAAAAAAUGUUUCUUAACACAUGAUGCCUGUAUCAUGACCUAUAAGGCAAUUUCUUUGCGAAAGAAUUCCGUAGAAGGAUUUUGAAGCGAUAAUUGAAUAUAUUUGUUUGUUGGUGUGGAGCGCCUCGUCUGCUAAUCAGGAAAAUUGUAGGCACACAGUAUAUCAGCUUAAGAGAGAGAGAUAAGAAAAUUUUGACCUUUUGCAAAAUGAAAGUAUUCGAGAACUUUUGUGAAUUUCUCCGUGUAAAGAGGUUUUGACAUUUAGUUCUAUGCAUGUUCAGACUUUAAUUGUGAUCAUAAUCAUCAAAUAUUCGUUUUUUUAUAUUGAAAAUAUAUAUAAAAUAAACAUGAAAGUCGUUAUGAAGUAUGUCAAUGUAAUUAUACGAUAAUAAUUAUCAUAAUCAUGGAAUAUCAUCAUGUUGUUCUGAGAAUAAAGUAAUUAUUGUUGCAGACAUCAAGCAUCUGCUACGGCCAGUGGAUUGGGCUCACUACGAGAACCUAGUAGACAAGCUUCUCGUGAGGCGAUCUUGACGCUUUUCCGUCUUUUUUCGUCUAACCGCCAUUUUUCGCUCUUUUCUUUCCUCACAAUAAAAUUUUAUAAAGAGCAUAUGUCGUUCUUUUUUCCGUCUAGUUGCUCAAACUAUGAUUAUACUUUCCUUUGUGGUUUCCUUUCAACGUCACCCAAAGCCUCCCUCUUUUUUCCGUUUCUCGCUUUACAGCCCUCGCGUUCACUUUAUCUUCGCUGAUGCGUACUUGGAAACUGAACUGGAACGGCGGUUUUUGCAGAGUUCGCCACGAGCCACGAUUCGACAUCGCGAAGCCGAGUCCGCGCCACUCGAAAACGCGUGAGCAGCGGCAGAUCGUCGAGCAUGAGCUCCGUGAGUCGACCGUCGAGUGGCAACAGUGCCGCAGGCGGCGGCGGUGGAAUCCGCGGCUUCUUUUCCAAACUACGCAAGCCUUCCGACCAGCUCAUCUCACAGGUACGUCUUCUAUCUUUCCCAUCUCUAUCAGUUGAUCUUUUAUGAUGAAUAUGUUUUUAAAUAUAUUAAAAAAAAACCUAGCACCACUAAAUACGACGCAGCGGAAGAAUACGGUUGAUUGAUGUGGUUUUGAUGUGAUAUUAUCAUUUCUUUAGUGGUUUUGUACAGGCAAAAAUUUGCUCUGAGGCUACGUCGUCUAUUGGCUGAUCGUGCAGAGCGACGCCAGCCAAUCAGAAAUUUUUUCUUUGGAGUCAAACUUUAUUUCGCCAAACCCAAGUUUAGACUUAUAAUUAUCGAUAGAUAUCCAUCUGUAGUGAAUAGUUACUUCGAUUGAAAGUUGCGUAAAAUUUGAAAAGAACGAAACUUCUCGAAGUGAUCUAAUUCAUGAAAUUGCUCUCAAAUAGCUAUUAAAAUACUAUUUAUUGUAAUCCUAAUACUCAAGAAGUUUUUUUCUUGAAGUAAAAAAAGUUUGCUCUUGUGAAACAGUAAACGACUUUUUUUGCUAUUGUUUGAGCUCAGAACUUCGCCAAAGUGGAUUUUAGACCAUGGUGUUCCUUCGUUUGCGUUUAAAGAUAGUUUGAGCGUUGACAUUUAUUUUGGAUUCCUUCAAGUUUUUCAAUUUUUUGCAACGUUUUCAGAUUUAUUUAGUUUGAGAGAAUUUUUGGUUUUUCAACGAUUUCUCACAUUCAGAAGGCUAGUCCUCAUCUUUCAUAAACCGCCUCGGCAGAACUUUAAGCGUGCUGAUUGCGAAUCAGUAGAUUAAUCAAAAAACUCGUAUUCUGAUUUGCCUGAGAAAAACAAUGGAUUGAAUUUCCCGUCGGCUAACACUUGGUCGUGUUUAUCAUCUCAAAAACUGGCAAUCAACCAUUCAGUGUUUUCGCCUUAUUUUUUCCCACCAGUUGUUUGGAGGGGAAACUUGAAGGCUCGGGGUUUCGUGAGAACUCUCUUUCCAGAACAAAAAACUUUUUUGACAAAAGUCUGAGGUUUUUUUUUAGUUUUAAUCGCAUUUUCUGCCGAAUCACUCUUUUAUCAGCUAUUGAUAGGGUUCCUGGUUUAAUACUUUUUCAAAACACUUUACUUUUUUCCUCAGUUCCAGUCAACAUCUUUCAACCUUUGUUUCACCUGCUCUGAGGUCUUUCUGUUGGAAAGAGUGAUUUCGUGGCUUUGCAUUUUUUUUUUCUUUGAGUUGAAUUGCAUUAUUCAAGGUUAAGUAAGAUUUUUUGAAAGUUUUAUCAAAAAAUAAAUAAUUUUUAGGCACUCAGGUGAAGUGACUUUUGAGCCAACUCUGGUCAUAUAGUUAAAGAAUUUUUCGGACGAAAUGUAGAAUAGAAAAAGGCUUCUCAGUGUUUUCUUAGAGCCCAAAUUCACUUUUACUCGCUGGAUGUUUCAAAAUGUUCGUACUUCUCGACACGCUGCCAUCAAUCAAUGUCGCAGAUCUUCUUGUUAAGAUCCGUUUGAAAAAAAAAAAGAAGAAGAAAAAAUGUACCGGGAAGUCUCUUUCGAGUUUUUCGUGCCAGUGAAUACGUCAUUCAUAACAUCCUUGUUUUGUUCUGGGAGGUGCGAUCGGAGCGAUCGCUCGAUUUCUUUUUCUCACGGCUUUUUUCUCUUUUUUUCUGAGCUCUCCAUCAAAAUUCACACGCAACAACCCGGCUUUCGUGGAAAAUCAGAUUUAUUUUGGCUGCUGUUUUUUCCGCUUCCGACAAUAGAACAUAGUCUUUCUUAGCUUUUUUUUCCGAUUCAGUUAUACCCGCGUGAAUUUUGCCUACAUUCUCCCUUUUUUCACUCAUUCCGAGGCGAUUCGACGGCUGCCGAUGUGCUGGAAGUUCGACGUUCUACGCGUGUUCAGAAUGGCGGAGGUUGCUCUUUCUCAUUUUUUUACGGUUUUCGAUAAUAAGACAAUGUUUUCGCGUUUUUUUUUCAGCUGGACGCUCUCUUUGAUCUUGAAAGUUUCAGAAAAGAUUUCAAUAAGUCAAAAGUUUAUUGCAAUUUGGGCGAAGGAUUUGUAUUGGCUUCUAGGGCAGAUUUCUUAAUUUUCAGCCGACGCUUGUAUUUCCUCCUCUUUUCUUUUUUCUUCGACUUUUGUCUGGAAAAUUUAAUCAAAAAUGUAAUUUUGGCCUAUAAUGAAUGUAGAACAGAGCAACGGAUUUUCACACGAUACAAAAUAUAUCUUGUUUUCGCUCACUUCAAAAUUGUUUUCGCUGCGAUUUUGGUCUCUGACAAGAUACAGGCAAAAGGGACUUUGUAUUGGAAGUUUUUGAAGAAAUAAAAAAAUAGUUCUAUAACUGCGCGGAAGCGGAGUUGAGCGAGUUUUUAGAAUUCUGUUUUUUUCUAAGACUUAGAAUCUGUUUUUGUUCGAAGUUUUGACACUGCCGAAAUCUCGGUGAAAAGCGAAACAUCAAUGACCAUAGUUGAUCAAUGAAACACAUUCUCAUGGAAAAAAUAGGAAUUUUAGGCAACCGUAAUUUAUUUAAUUUCAAUGCAGGAUUUUAUAACGAUAAAUUAAAAUUUUGCAUUGUACUUUGAAAAUCUAAUAUUAGAUUAUCAGUUUUGGUUCAGCUUCUAACAAACCUUUUUAGAAAAUGAAACGGCACAUUUUUCGGGAAAAAAAAGUGUCGAAGAACUUGGAAUACGCAAUUUUGGCCUUUAGGGAAAAGCUUGCAACAAAAGAAAGCUGCAUUUUUCAUAUUUCGACUGAUGCAGGCAAGAAAGCUCUUUUGACGUCUUGUCAUCGUUUCUUUCUCCUUUUAUAAGCCAAAACUGAUGCGAAUUUGAGUAUUCAAAGUUUUUCUUUCCUUACAAUUUAUUGUUUGGACAGCCUUUCACUCAUGAAGCGACCGAAAAAUCAAGCGAAAAGUGGCUUGAUUUUGUCGCCCUUGGCUGUUACGACCGUCACGUGAAUUCCCAUUUACUGCCGUUCUAUCUCUUCUUUUUCUCGUCUAACGAUUUUGAUUGAAAGUUAAAGAUCAGUUCUUGUGCUCGUUUCACUAUCGAUUUGGAUGAAACAAGUGGUUAUCUGAUGCUCGGGGAGUUCUUGUGAUCACGAUGAAUGCUCGUCGAUCGGUAUGUUUCGCAACGCAGAAAGCGAAAAUGUGCAGCCAAUCAACUAUAAUUACUGAACACCUUGAACCACAAAAUUUUCCAAAUUUUAUGAAAUCAGCUUCUAUGAACUUUAUUGAUGUUGGUAAUCUGGGAAAAUUUGGAAAUGAGGGCAUUUCAUUUUGGAAAAAUGUGUACCGUAAAACCUAUGAUCAUCGAAAUAAUAUUUCGAUCAACCUUUUUCUCUCCGUAUUUCGUUUAUAAUUUUAACAUUUUACACUCAGAAAAACCAAGAUCGCAGAUUAAGCUCAUGGAGAUCCAAGAUUUUUCCAGCACAUCAUCCCUUGAAAACUCAGGAAUUUUUGACGAUUUAUCGUUAGAAAAGUUAUAUAGUUGGUUCUUCGCUGACUCGGGACACACAAUAUUUAAUGAAGGUUCUUAUUAGCGUCUUUGUAAUGUUUUUAUUGAGUUAGCGGCAGGAAAGCUAUAAAAUUUUAUUUCUUGAGCUCGUGAAAGUCAGCGAUUUUCAAGUCAUAGUGUGUGUUUUCAACACGCUAUGUAGUUAAGAGCGUUGAGACUUUUUUUUUAAUUGAAGAAGUAUGAGAAUUCAGAUGAAAAUUUGAGUGUUUGGAAAGGUAGGGCUGAUGGUUGAAUCCAGAAUGGUCGGAGUUGAUAGUAAGGCCGAGAGGUGCGUCGGCGGUCCAUCCGUCAGUGAAUUCGCGAUAUUUCUCGUGUCCUUUCGUCUCUCUGUCGUCGCCGCCCCUCCGCCUGCCGUUGUUGUUUCUAUCUCAUUCGGUUUUUUUUUCCAAACGCCGCACUCCGUCCGUCGGGGCAGCCUUUCACCUAACCAACAGCGCUCCGUCUGGCGAGAAGAGCCGAAGAAGGCCCACGGCAAGAAUACUUUUUCGGGCAUCCGACUUUCCAGCGGCUAGAUCUCUGUCUGUUGAUAUGGUUCACAGUAGUGGCGACGAAGAGGAAAACGACGACUUCAUGGUUCGUUCGCCGUUUCGAGAGCUAGUCUCUCCUUUCAACUUCAAAUUCAAUGGCGUUUUUCACGUUUCCUUAGAAAUUCCACAAAGGAGCUCCGUCUUUUUUGUUCACUUAGUAAAGCUUAAAGCUGCCCUUUUUUGAGAUCGUGAGCCAAUUUUUUACCAACUUCUUUUAAAUUUCAUUUCUACAUUCCUAUUGUUCACAAAAAAUAACAAUAAGUGGAUAUUUCCACCGAAAAAAAAGCAUAGAGAAGAUUUUUGUUUGACCACGUGACAAGACGCGUGCACAGGUGUGUCGAUUUCUGAUCUUUCUUUGAAAUGUUCACAUUCCCGCCAAAAAAAAUCCAAAGCAUUUUCAUUGGUUGAAAUAUUUUAAACUAUAAAGUUGUUUCACUUCAUAAAUAUAAUCUCUUUUUUGUCAAAAAUUUCUGAAUAGGAAGCUAUAAACCCCUAAAGACAAGUCUGCCUUUGGCUAUUUGACCUACUGAUCCACCACUGCAAGAGUCUGACUAAAAGAAGUGCCUCGUAGUUGAUUGCCGCCUGAUCAAACUAAAACUGAAUCUUUUUCGCAGAGAUCGCUUUUUUCCAAAGAGUUUUCCUUCUUUCUUAUCAGUUUACGGCUGCGCUGAGCGUCUUUCUCUCUUCAACAUGAACAUGCCUGCGACUCAGGCAAGUUUAUUGGAAUUUCGUCUUUCAAUGAUUUUUGGAACUGUGAGGUGUUGUAGGGGAACGGGUUUUUUGCUCAUAUAAUCUGUCCACCUCUGUCACAAAAUUUGAAGGCGCAUCAGAGAGGGUUCCGAAGAGUACUCAAAACGUCGGUAUCAAUAUCAAAAAAUCAUUCGAGGACAAUUCUAUCAGUUUUGAGUUUUUGAUGGUUUUCAAAAUAUACCAUUGAGAGAUUUUUUUUAUAAACUUUUUUCUAACGGCUUCAAAUUUUUCAGUGAUUUAUGAUCAGUUUGAAAGACUAAUCUCCAUGUUCUUGGGUGUUGGUAUGGGUUUUUUUUAUUUGCAAGUUUUUUAGGAUCAAUUCCUAAGAUUUUUUUUGCUCAAAACUCGUAGACGUUCAUGGAAGAAAUGUCUUUGGAGCUGCUUUUUUUUGUUCUGUUUUGGAAUCUGAGAACGCUUCGGGCUUUGCCGUCUGUUUUCGUUCAUCAUUAUUGCCUAAUUUCGCACGGUGAUUCGGGUGUUUUCGCCAGCAGCCGGCCCGUUUGUUUUCCACGGCCGCCAAUAUUUCAUUUUCCGCGUCUUUUUACAUUUGGUUACCGACAGAGAGUUAGUUGGUGGGUUGCAACCGGGAUCAACGGAGAAUGCGUCUCAGCUUUUGCUCCCACGAGGCCUUUGCAGCUGUUUGAGCAUUUCGGGUGACAAUGAUCAACGUGGGUCUUCUUCCUCAUUCGGAAUUGGUUUCACUAGUUCUUCUUUCUUGCUCAGGGCUUUCGUUCAAAACUUUUCCAGCCUUUUUUUGUAGUCUCCAAAAUCACGUUUAAUUAGGGAUUUCAUUUGUGGAAGACGGCAGCGCUGAUGAAUGUUGCGACGGCAUUCCUUAAUUUAUGGGCGCGUUUCUCGUGCAAGAGUAUUCCAACUUAUUCGUUUCCAAUUAAGGAAGGGCGCCACAAUCCCUGGUAAUGUCGUUUCGAAUUUGCGUCUUGGCUCAAGGAUGACCUCAGUCUUUUGAGAGCUCCGAAUGCAUUUUCUCCUCUUUAUUUUUUGGUUACGCUCCGUGGACGAGCAAGGCCGGGAAAACUGCGGAAAACAAAAAAACCCAUGGCUUUGUUAACUCUCGACAAACUAAAGCUAUUUCAAUCAUUUUAAUGAGGAACGGAUCAUCAGAAUCACUGGUAAAUUUUUUUUUUAAAAAUGGGUGCGCCUUCUUGGCAGUAGACGUGGAAAAAACAUAAAUGUUCCCAAUUCAGGUUUUUCUGGCAAUUGGCCCACUCAAAUAUGAGAUGUCUCACUUGCUGAUUUUUGGCGUUCGACCUUUUUCCGCAGUCUUCUAGAAUCCAUAUCGAACAUAAGUAUGAAAAAAGAGACUCUAUAAAUAUUUAACUCUCAAAGAAAAAAACGCUCUUCACAAAAUAACUGUCUUUUUUGCAAGAAAAAGUUAGGCGCGACCCCGAGCGUCGGUCAAUUUACUAGAUUCCAAGGGGAACCAGUUUUCUUUUUGUGUUUUUUUUUCCUCUGGGACUAGGAUCAAUUAGAGUAAAAGGUUUUCCCGAAGAAAAUCUCCAUAAUGAAAAGGAAUGUCGCAUAAAAUAUUUAGGAGCCGAAGGCGGAAUUUCUGAAAAGAAAUACGGCUCUAUUUUACAGUUGAUGUGCCUGGAAAAAAGUAAAAAAAAAAUUAUUAGUUGUUUUGGGUUUUCCAGAACUAUUUUAGGAAUGAAAAAAUUUCGCUCAUUUAGGUCAAGUUUUUUUUUGGGAUUUCAUCGUGUAUGAGUUUUACACAAGUUGAUUGAGAAGUUUUUCAGGUGCAGGUCGGUUCUCGAACGUUCGAAGCCCACGAGCUGCAGAAGCUGAUCCCGCAGUUGGAGGAGGCGAUUCAGAGAAAAGAUGCGCAGCUCCGACAGCAGCAAAGCGUCGUCGAGACGCACAUCAAGCGGAUCGCCGAGCUCGAGACCGAGGUCAUGUCCCUGCAGGUUUGGACGUUCCUCCGACCUCAGUCACGGUCAUUUCCAGAGAGAAUGCGACAAGCUGCGGUCCGUCCUCGAGCAGAAGGCGCAGUCUGCCGCGAGUCCUGGGGCUCCUCCUUCACCGAGUCCCCGCACUGAUCAGCUCGGCAACGACCUUUCAAAUGUUCGUUUUGAGCAAAGAAUCAAAAUCAAAAAAUCAACCCCUGGAGUACUAUCAAACUGGAGAAGUGCACUCGCUGCUCAACCUCAAUAUGUUGUUUUACGAAGAACUAAAUAUUUGGUUGUCAAAAAGAGUAGAGGUGCAGAGUCCACAAAAAGAAACGUGUUUUGAAGAAACUCCAACUUUUUCUUUAUCAAUUUGUUAGCGCUUUCAUUAUUUUAUCGAGCGACUACUUCGAAAAACAGACAAUAGCUUAGACUGAUUUUGGGAAAAAACUGUUCUUGCAUUUCCAGUCAAGUUUUUUUUCUCAUCUCUUGAGGUAAAUAGCCUUAAAACAUUUAAUUUUCUCGUGUCACGUUGACAUUUCAACUGUUAUUUUUGAGCUUUGCUGCAGUACUUUUUUUUUACCUUUUUCAUAGAUCCGUGAAAUACUUUUAAUUCAGCAGAAAGCGCCUUUGCCGACGGACACGACGACGCGAGCCAAAAAGCUGGCCGUUUCUGCAGAACCGACCAACUUCGAGAAGCCUGUCACGCUGCAACACUUCAACAAGAGCGCAGGGUGGGUCUUCGGCCUGUCCCAGAAGAUCCAAGGAGACGUGGCUGCAGGUCGAAGCAGAUGAUCCGCGACGCCGUCCACAAGAACGACUUUCUCAAGCAGUUGGCCAAGGAGCAGAUCAUCGAGCUCGUCGAGUGCAUGUACGAAAUGCGUGCCCGCGAGGGCCAGUGGGUCAUCCAGGAAGGCGAGCCUGGAGAUCGGCUCUUCGUCGUUGCAGGUUCCUAUUUCAACCUGAAAAAUUCAUAUUUUAGUUGGAUUAUUUUCACGAAAGAUUCUUUGGUGCUCGAAGAUCAUAUAAAGAGAUUGAAUAUCAGAAAGAAAUCUCCAAAGUGUGUGAGUGUGAACGAACAAAAUUACUUUUCAAUUAAAAAAACUUGAAUUGAUUUGUAAUUUUUCGUUUUUGCAAAAGAGCUUCUAACGAAGAAUAUUUAGUUCAAAUUUUUAAGUUUUUUCAUUAUGUUGCUCGAACUUUUUUGACAGGCCAAAAAUGCGAUUUUCACCUUCGCUAUAUUCGAAAAGUUUUCUGUUUUUCGAAUAGAAAAUCUCAAAGUUUCGUGGUGUUAGUUUCAGGCCCACUUUGAAAAUAAAUACCCCUUAACUAGGUUUCCGCCCAGGAAAGAUCUUCAACUAGAAGUUCUAAGAAUCUCCAACAGAUAUAAAAGUCUUUCUAAUGAUCUUAUUAAGAAGAGAGAAAAUUUGUUUUCAGUCUAAAAUAGUCCAAAAGAUGUAUUUUUCAGAGGGAGAGCUUCAAGUCUCGCGCGAAGGUCAACUCCUCGGCAAAAUGCGAGCGGGAACCGUCAUGGGAGAGUUGGCGAUUCUCUACAACUGCACCAGGUACAGGAUCUUUCACUUCACUUCGUUUUCGACCUUAAAUCUUCAUUAUGGGAAGGGAGAAGCGUCGACUGGAAGGCGCGGUCCUCUUUGUCGUUUUUCACUGACUUUUCUGGCUGUUCCAACUGUGGAGAUUGUGUGGAAGGUGAUAGAAGAAACUGUUUCACCCGCAAGAAGAAUGGUCGAACGACGGGCGUUUGAAUUCGCGCCGCUUCGACUCUCUUCAGGGCCAAAUUUCGUCUUCAGUCCCUUUUUUUGCAUUACGGCUGCCAGUUACUCGCUUCUUUGAUCACGUGCUGACCGCUUCUGUCUUUCUCGCUGCAAAGUUUGCAUUUGUCCACGACAUCAGACCAACUUCGAGGUUUUUGAUGGAAGACUUCUUCUGAAACUGACUUCCCCUGCUCUACCAGUUAUAUUCUGUAAAAAAAAAAAUGGCGUGCGUCUCUCUGAAUAGCCAGGCAGUGUCGAAGAUCUUCGAUUCGUUCUGUCGACUGGUCAGCUGGCGAUCCGAGGGUCAAGAAAGCAAGGAGAAGCGCAGAAGGAAACGCGUCGGCAGAAAAGUUGUUUGUUCCUCGGUGUAGGUUUUCGGUCCCGUGAUAAAAUUAGUUCAGUCCAGCCCUAUCUCCUUUUUUUUUCUUUCCGAGCGGUUUUGCUGAUUGCUGCGGUCACUGCGAUGGAAAAGGUCAUCAAUCAGAACUUUUCUGCAAUCAAACAUGAAAGAGACACUUAAUUUUUAGAGUUCUUCUUGAAACUACACUGGAAAAUAUCAAAGUAGCCUGAAACAAAAGUUUGGUUUUUAGUCUUUGUCAGUUUUCCUUCGUCAUCGGUUUUUUGAAGUACGACAAGGUCAUUUGUUUUAGCGCCUAAAAACAGGAAAAGAAAGGGAAGUGUAAACAAACUUCAGCAAGAUGAAUUUUUAGAUUCAGAAAAUUUUUAGUUGAGUUCAUAAAACGCGCGAACGGGAGUAGUCUUUCAAAAAAGAAAUUGUUUGAAUGACUCAACAAUUUUCAAUCUUAUCGGAAGACCUUUUUUGUCAGCAACGCUCAAUUAGAAACAACGAGAGUUCUUUCCAAAUCAGAGGUUGAAGGAUGUUUUUUUUUCCUUUCUUCUAACACAAAAUGUAUGUCUACAGACCAAAUAAAACUUCUGACAAUGCUGAUAAAUCGAUAUCAUUUUAGGACGGCAUCCGUACAGGCGUUGAGCGACGUGCAACUAUGGGUUCUCGACCGGAGCGUCUUCCAGAUGAUCACUCAGCGGCUCGGAAUGGAACGUCAUGCUCAGCUUAUGAACUUCCUCACCAAGGUAUAGCGAGAAGGGAACUGUUGGAAGCAGUAACAAUGUCCUUCCCUCAGAACCUCUUUUUUAAAAGUUUGCACCGGAAAUGAUUGACGAGAAAGACAUUCGGGGAAGAACUGAUAACAUCUCUGGUCUUGUUACGCAAAUGAACAGGUGCGCCGGCAAAGGAGAUCAGCUGUGCAGGACAUUCUGUUUGCAUUGGAAAAAGACGACGGGAAAUUGGGAACGAUUAAGCGUCCGAGACCGCUCCUCUGAACUGUCGAUGAAUCAGCAGACCCAUUCGGAAAGCUUUUUUCUUGCCCAAAAUGAAUCUCUGCUAUGUGGAGUAACUUUGGAGACACUCGGUUCUCUCUGCUGCCAUCGCCUGAAUUUGUACGGAUUCUGAGAUUGAUAUUUUUCACUGCUUCUAACUAUGACUAUGUUUCAUCCAAAAUAACUAUUCCUGCUGUCGGAAAAAAAAAAAUCUACACCUUAGUUUGGGAGAGUUUUCCUUCUCAUCUUUUUUGGUUUUUGGAAAAGAUCUGCAGUUCUUCAAGUGGAGGUCUGAUCUCUUAGUUUGAGUCUAUUUGUGUACUUCCGCUGACGUGAUGGCGACGAAAAGCCAUUCCAAAACGUGUCGGAGGCGCCAGUCUGACUGAUAUUUCCGACUUUUGUGACGAAUCGGUGAGCGAAGAGAGAUGUCUGAAGAAUUGUCACGUGUCCGAAAAGACACUAACAGUUUCGUUCGAAUCCAAUGGUUCUGAGGGUGGGAAAUUCUUUCAGGAUUUUUUUAUCCCUAUAAGCUUCACUAUGAUAUUUCUCUCAGGUUGCCAUCUUCGAAAACUUGCCAGAAGAUCGGAUAUCGAAAAUGGCAGAUGUCAUGGACCAGGACUACUAUGGAGCCGGCCACUACAUUAUUCGACAGGGAGAAAAAGUUUUUUAUAUUUUUCUUCCUCUGAAAUCAAGCCGACUUUCAAGGGCGAUACGUUCUUUGUGAUCAACUCAGGACAGGUCAAAGUGACGCAGCAAAUCGAAGGCGAGAAAGAACCGCGAGAGAUUCGAGUCCUCAACCAGGUAACCCCAGGCAUUUCACGUGAAAAUUCAAACCGAGACAGAAAUAAUUUUUGUUGAAUUCGCCUAUUUGAUGUGUUCAGGGAGACUUCUUCGGAGAAAGAGCCCUGCUUGGCGAAGAAGUCAGAACGGCCAACAUCGUCGCCCAAUCGCCUGGUGUCGAAGUCCUCACACUCGACAGGCUCGUACACUUUUCAGAUUCUCAUUCGCGUUUUCCUUCCCCUUCUGAUCUUGUAUAUUUUUUCAGGGAGUCGUUCCUGAAACUGAUCGGAGAGCUGGAAACGUUGAAGCGAGACUACGGAGACAAGGAACGACUAGCGACAGUGAUCCGAGAGCCGCCGAGUCCUGUCAAGGCAAGCCUUUUCUGAAUAUGAGUAACCAGGAUUCUCUGCAGGACGACUUCCGAGAAGAAUACGCGAACGUCGGAUUGAAGAACAUCAAAAGAUUGGCGACCUUGGGAGUCGGAGGCUUCGGUCGCGUUGAACUGGUUCGCAGCAGUUUUUAUCAACCAUUUAGUUUUUUCAUGUACUCGCAAGAAAAGCGUUUUUGUUCUUACUUUUUUUCUGAGAUAUUGUAAACUUUUCGGAUAUUCAGUCGAAAUAUGACGUUUUAAAUUUCGCGCGCUCUCAAUUUAGUAUAACAAAGAAAGAUUUUUGACGCCUUUAAGGUUCAAAAUUUGGAAAUUUAUUGUGGCCUGGUAUUAAGAGACCUCAAAGUGCAUCUUUGAACAGAAUAAAAGUCUUCGGUUCCAACAAAAUUCAAUAUUGUUCUGAAUGAAAUCUUUGAAAUUUUGAAAUCUCCCACUUUCAACCAAAAAUGUUCCAUUUCUAAUCCAAAGCUUGGAAGUUGGAAACUUUUUUUUUGAACGUUUAUUACGUCUCCCUGGUUUCAAAGGCCAAAGCUGGUUAGAAAAUGAAGUUUGAACCGGAAUCUUGUUGCAUUAACUUUGAAAUGUUUGAGGCUGAAACAAAAGGAAAGGAUUAAUUUUGAGGUAUGCGUGAACGGAGACAAGUCGACGACGUUCGCUCUGAAGGCGUUGAAGAAGAAGCACAUCGUGGACACCCGGCAGCAGGAGCACAUCUUCGCCGAGAGGAACAUCAUGAUGGAGACGAGCUCCGACUGGAUCGUCAAGUAAUUCCGGCUGCGACGUCUUCUGAGAAAACUCUCACGUCUUCAGGCUCUACAAGACCUUCCGAGACACUAAAUACGUCUACAUGCUGUUGGAAGUUUGCCUUGGAGGAGAACUCUGGACAACUUUGCGAGAUCGAGGUUCAGAUUUUUUUCUCAUUCUUGAAGAAAAUAGAAGUCACGUCGAUUGAGUGAAUUACAGUACCAAUUCUGUGAAAUAUCAAAUUUUAUUUCACAAAAAAUUUUAGAAAUAUGAAAUUCGCAUAACUCAUAGUUGAGAAUUAGAAACUCAAAAAAGAAUCACGAAAUUUGAAGAAAAAAGGGAAACGCCCAGGUAUAAAAAACACGCCGGCCACAGAAUUUCAAUUUGAUGGUGAAUCACAAAAAAAGUAAUUUUUUUUCGCAAGCAAUGAAUCAGAGAUUUCGGUUCAAAAACUUUUUUUUCUACUUUUUCAGCUUCGGAAAGAUAAAAGAACUCCCAUGUGUCCUAUUUUUCUCAGACAAAUCUCCAAAUGUCGGAAGUUCACGGCGCCUAUUUUUAGAAAAACGAUUAGAUUCUUCGUUUUAAACGAAUCUAUUUAGGCGCUUGAGGCUUUUGUUAAUGACAUGUUCUCCAAUAAUAAAUUUUUUUUUCUUUUAAUGGAAAUUCGCGUCAGGACACUUUGACGACUACACGGCGCGGUUCUACGUGGCGUGUGUGUUGGAAGGCCUCGAAUACCUGCAUCGGAAGAACAUCGUCUACCGAGAUCUGAAGCCGGAGAACUGUCUCCUCACCAACACUGGAUACCUCAAACUCGUAAGUUUCUGCGUUGAAUUCUUCAACUUUUCGUCUCCCAGGUUGACUUCGGUUUCGCCAAAAAGUUGGCCAGCGGAAGGAAAACUUGGACAUUCUGCGGCACUCCUGAGUCAGUUCUUCUUUUUCCUUGCUAAUAAAGAGUUAUCUUUUUUCAGAUAUGUCUCACCCGAAAUCAUUCUCAACAAAGGACAUGAUCAGGCUGCCGACUACUGGGCCCUAGGUUCCUUUUCCAUGGGGACUUUCAAAGAAAACAGUGAUUUAAGGCAUCUACAUCUGUGAGUUGAUGUUGGGUCGACCGCCGUUCCAGGCCAGCGACCCCAUGAAGACGUACACGCUCAUUCUGAAGGGAGUCGACGCUCUGGAGAUCCCCAACAGGUCAUUUUCGCAAGAAAAGUCUUUCUUUCUAAAUGAUCAAAGUCCAACGUUAGAUUGAUUCUUGGCUGGUUCUUGAUUCGAAUAUAAAAUGGAUUCAUUUCCAACAAAUUAUGCGAAUUUUUAGCCGGGAAAUAUAAUUUCAAAACAGAUCUAACAUAAGCUGUCAAAAAAUCUGAAGAACUAAAAAUUUCAGAACUUUUGCACCGGAAGUUUCACUCGGAAAGAUUCUAGGGCCAGAUAGACUUUUCGAUUUUUCAGACGGUAUCGGAAAGAUUUUUCAGACGGAUCGGAAAAACGGCGACGGGCCUGGUGAAGAAGUUGUGCCGCGACAACCCGGGAGAACGUCUCGGCUCGGGCAGCGGCGGCGUCAACGACAUCCGCAAGCAUCGCUGGUUUAUGGGCUUCGACUGGGAAGGACUCCGCUCCCGAUCUCUGAAGGCUCCUAUCUUGCCCAAGGUUCAUUCUUUCUUUUUCUCUCAGAAAAAAAGAACUUCGAAGCUACUUAGAUCUUUAGUAAUAUGAGUUGAGGUAGGUUUUAGUGAAACCAUUCUUCGUUUUAUUAAGAAAGGUCUGAAAAUACUGUUUCCCGAUAAGCUGUGAGAAAAUUUUUGAUCUAGCUUCAUUGCGAAAGCACAGUAUAUUUCGAAAAAAAGAAAAAAAUGAAAAAAAGGAAUUAAUGGAAUUAAUUUAAUUUAAUUUUUUUCAUUUCAAUGAGUUCUCUGUUUCUUGAAAAUCUGCCUUCCUCAUAGACAAAAUUUCUGUUUCAGGUAUCGAAUCCAGCCGACGUGACCAACUUCGACAACUAUCCGCCAGACACGGAUGUUCCACCGGACGAGUUUUCCGGCUGGGACGAGGGCUUCUAG